CUCAUGCUUUAUGACUCAACUCAGAUGACAUAGCUCUUGUCCAAGGCCCUGGUGAUUGCCAAUGAAGAUGAUGAUGAAUACCUCUGGCGAUAGAACACAUACAGAUAUUAUACCCACUUCAUCCUCAACCUCUUUCUCUUCAUCUGGUUCAUUUUGGGAAAUUACUGGGUCUUUUCUACUUACCUGUCCAAUGUUAUACCUCCUUUCCAGCAGCCUCAAAACUAUUGUAACAGAACCCUAUACUUCUUUGCAGUAGGGGUCCUCAUCUUUAGCCACACUGUAUGGAUCUUACUCACCCUGGGCAGUGCUUGUGCCUAUGUGUGGCCCAGGCUGAGACUUGCUAUUGAUGAAGAAUGA